AUGCGACGUUUUGAAUCAACAGUUAAUGUAAAUAAUACAAAUGGUUACAAAGGUUUGAGUAUCGGCCAUGAUCAAUCAGAUUUUAGAGGUAAUGCAAGUGGUAUACGAUUAAUUGAUAGUAAUCUUGAUAAUGAAACAACUUAUUAUACUGAUAUCACACGUGAUUAUAUUGUUCUUGCUUCAGCACACAUUAAACGAUUUCAUGUAAAAUUUUUACCAAAUGAACCAACAAAUGGAUCUCAAUCAUUACCACCAUCAGUAGUUCAAUUUCGUUUACCACAUAUUUAUUAA